GGAUUGUUACUUAGUUUUGUGGAUUGUUACUUAGUAUCAUGGAUUGUAACUAAGUUUUCUGGAUUGUUACUUAGUUUAGUGGAUUGUUACUUAGUUUUAUGGAUUGUAACUAAGUUUUCUGGAUUGUUACUUAGUUUUCUGGAUUGUUACUUAGUUUUAUGGAUUGUUACUUAG